UUCCUCUUUCAGUCUCACCCGACACCCGAAGCUCGAAAACAAGAGAGAAGCGUUGAAGUCAAGGAAGGAGCGGAGAUGGAAGAAGGAAAAGGAGAAGUGAAGCACGUCCUGCUCGCCAAGUUCAAGCCGGAGAUUUCAGCCGAGGAGAUCGAAAACCUGAUCAAGGGUUACUCCAAUCUGGUCAAUCUCAUCGAACCCAUGAAGGGUUUCCACUGGGGAACGGAUGUGAGCAUCGAGAAUCUGCACCAGGGGUUCACUCACGUCUUCGUCUCCACUUUCGAGAGCACUGAAGGGAUCGCGGAGUACGUGGCUCAUCCUGUCCAUGUCGAGUUCGCCAACAAGUUCUUGCCUGCCCUCGACAAAGUCCUGGUCGUCGAUUACAAGCCCACAUCAGCUUAGAAUUGAUUGGAUUGGAUUGGAUUGGAUUGGCUCUGAUCGGAUUGAUCAAUAAUUUGAGAAUAAAGCGGAGACGCCUGCAAAGUGUUUGAUGAAAGUUCCGAGAUUGUUGCUUGGCGUUCCCUGUUUUCUGCGCAGCUAUAUGAUCCGGUUAUGCUGCUAAAAACAGACGUGCUUGUCGAAAAGGCGUUAACGAGCCACAUUACUCAUCCAAAUGUGUAUGGAUGACGAAGGCUGAACAAUGUGGAGGACAAUUAACAACUCUCCACCUUCUUCCAUUGGUUUGCCCAAACGAUCUUAACAAAGUUUUGCUCCGCGAUGAAGCAGUAGCUCAAGGGCCUUCAUCUCCUUUGCUAUUCAAUCCAUCACGCUAUGUUGUGACAAUCAAUCAGUCAUAGCUAAUUGAGUUGUGAUUGUCAUGCUAUUCUCUAGACAGUCUUCUGCUAUCCAAGUCUGGGUUAGAUAAACAAGUAAUCGAGAAGAAUUAAGGGGUCAUUUGGUUUGGUUGCUGCGAUCGAUUUUUUGUGCCAAAUUAAGACACAAUGUAUUGCAUUUAGAAUCACAACUUAUAGAUUAGAUUGUUUGAGAUUAUUUUUUGUGAUUAUGAAUUUUUCUCUCUUUUUAUGAGUCCGUCAAUUUAUAUGUAUAUUACCUCCCUAUUUGUAAC